AUGGAAGAAUUAUUUGAGCCUGAAUCAAUUCUUGAUACAAAAAUAACAUCUGGCCGACGUUUUUACUUGGUGAAAUGGAAAAAUUUUCCAAUGAAUAAAUGCACUUGGGAACCUACACAUCAUCUUUUAAACUGUGAUAAUUUAAUUGCUGAGUUCGAAAAAUCAGUAACAACUUCAUCAGAAGAACAAAAAUUAAAGAAGCAAUGUAGGAAGAGGAAAGUUCGAGGGCAAUCUAUGGUUUUGAAUCCAGACGCUGAAGGCGUUUAUAAUGAGACGAUUUGCGGGAAUCUCCCUAAUGAAAAAUUAACUAUUGCUCGAGAUCGUUAUGCAAAUAAGUAUUCAAAUGUUGUUUCCUUGCUUUGCAGAGAACAGAAUUCGAAAACAGUGCAGUUUAGAGCCAAACUGAAUGAUGGCAGUUUUGCAUGGAUCAGUAAUGAAGAUGCACAUUCAUAUCUCAAAGAUCAGUUGAUCUCAUUCUAUGAGCAAGUUCUGAAAUUUCAGACUUCUUGA